AUGCCACAAACAGAUCGAAAUCCAAGUAAAAAUGGUCAUUCCCAAAAGAAAGAUGAUUUUCAAACUUCAAUAGAUUUGAUAUAAAGUAACAUAUAGCAAUUAGCUUAAUAAAUUUAUUUUAGCCAGACUAUUGCCUAUUUGAAGGAUACUUCUACAUUUUCAAAGGAGAGAGGACUUUCAUUCUCGAAAGUGAAGAGAUAAGAAAUAAUCAUAAAAUCUGAUGCUCCUCCAGUAGGCACAUAUUAGACCUAAAACACUAAGAAUUUCUUGCCAGGUCCAGGCACCUAUGAUGUCAGCACCUUAUAUAGCUCAAGAUUGCCUAAAUAGCCUUCUUUUACAUUGGGGUCAAAGCAUAAGAUAUCAUCUCUACUAAUAAAUAACAAGCCAGAUAUUCCAGAUCCAGGCCAUUACGACCCAAUAUCAAUGAGGUAAGAUGGCAGAUAUGUACACAGUAAAAAACAAAUUGUGGGGCCAGGCGCCUAUGAAGCAGAUAAUUAAAAAAUUAUGAGAUGCUUAUCGAAUUUCAGAAAUAGAGAGAGAACUAUAUUUCCCAUAUCUAAACGGUUAACUCUUGGAGAUGUGUCUAAGGAGACUAAGUUAGUACCAGGUCCAGGAGAGUACAUCUUGCCUUCAGAUUUUGGAAAUUACAAAUACCAGUUCAUUCAAAGAAUGUAAAUUAAGAAAAAGCAGUAAAAUCUUAACUCCUCCAGCUUAGUCAAAAAUGAUGCUUAUAUGGAUCAGUAAUAAGAAAAAUGA